AUGGCCAACAUAGGGAAGGUUCUGGCCACUAUCAAGGCCGUCAUCACUCGUCUCGUGUUUGCGUGUCAUGGGAUCAUUGCAAUCUGGCAAGUGACUGUAUUUAAAGACAGUUUAGAAUAUUGGUAUUUAGCUUCGCCGAUUUUACUUUUAAUAUUCGAAGGCGUCUUCACAUUGACAAUUAAAGAGAACCAGGAGUGGAAAUGGUUUUGUCCGUCGGUAUUUAUCUAUCUCGGAUUGGUCGUGCCUGCGAUAUGGCUGCUCGAACUACACAAGGUCGACCUCCGUUUGCAGAAGAAGACGAAUAUUACCUACAUAGAGACGGAGAUUCCAAUCCCUGGCGCAACGAAGAUCCCGACGGAUAUGUGGGUGACCUUGAUAGAGCAGUUCUUGAUGCUGACCCUCAUCGUGGGCAGAUGGCUACUGCCCAAGGGUGACCUGACUAGAGACCAGCUCAGUCAAUUACUUCUGGUGUAUAUUGGUACGGCGGCAGAUAUAAUCGAGUUUUUCGAUUCAUUCAAAGAUGAAAAAGUUGCCACUGAGAAAGUCCUCGUGUUGUUGACGCUGGCGAUCUGGUCGUGGUCUCUCGUGCAGUUCACGGUCGUUCUAACUGCGACGAAGUCCAGGAAAACCCGUGGGACAGCCAAUAGGUCUGACAUGAACACAAGCACGGCGUGCUGUUGCUCCAUCGAAGUCUGCGCUAUAAUAAUGAAUAUAGCGUUGCAAGACGCGCCAUUUUUAGCUUUCCGUCUUCUCAUCAUCGCUCACUAUAAGAUUAUUAACUACAUGAACAUCUUCUUUACUUGCAAGAAUACGUUGGUGAUAUUGCUGCAGAUAUACCGACUGUAUGUCUUGCAUCUGGAGAGAGUCGAUGAAGGGAACAGCGGCUCCGUUUAUAAAAAGAAACGGAAACAUAAGUCGAACGAUAGGAAGGAAAGAGAAAAAAAACAAAGAGAUAUUAAAUCGAAGAAGAAUAAAAGGAGACACGAAAUCGGUGAAACUUCUAUUUCCGUGAUAAGCGACCCGAGGAGACAAGAUCGAGUUGAGAGCGGACGCAUUCGGUUCUAG